GGUGAUAUCAAUUGAAUUCGUUAAUUACAACAUCAUCUCUUCAUACAAUCAUACCUCAUUGCAACACUUCACACAAUCAAAGCUUCCCAAAAACUUCCAUACAUAUACGAAAAUGCGUACCUCCCUGCUUUCUAUCUCAUCCCUCCUCGCUCUCCCUCUCACAACCUUGGCCGAUUUCCAUUACGGAUACUCAGAUUACACAAUCACGACUGCCACAGGAAGAUAUGCCAUGAUUUUACCAGCGUCUCAGACGAACUGUACAGAGGCAUAUGAUUUCUAUCCCAAGGGACCUUUUGGUUUUGAGGUUCCCACGGGCCAGGUGAAGGUUGCCAUCUGCGGCGUAGAAGUCAAUCUCAACGUGACCUCGGGAUCUUGGUACACAAGCUCUAGAAAUAUCCUAGAAGGCAAUUGUACAGCCGUUAACACGACGAACCCAACGGCCGGAGUGAGAACCCCAGUUUGUAGCAUUGGAUACAACAGUGGCUCUAGCUAUACAGAUAUUUGGAGUUGUCCAGGUGCUGUUUGUAAGAGUGAGUUGUAGGGAAUGAAGUGGGAAGUAGAAGAGAGAAUCAGUGGCAUGACAGAAUUAUGAUAGAGAAAAUGGCGGGAAAGAUGAUGGCUGGGCUGAUGGUUGAAUUGGUAGAUGAAAGCAUCAAGGCAUGCGUAUUAUCGUGGAUACAAAAAGUUAUGUCCUAACGUAAUGUAAUAAAUAAAUAUAAUGAGCAAUGAA